AAUCCUAAUUGAUGUCAAGAGUCAACAAGGUCUUCAAGACUUGCUGCAACAACAUUGAUUUUUCCUCAUAAAACACACUUUGAUUUAUUCCACACUCAUAACUUCAAUUACCAGCCUUAGUGCCUUUGUAUAUACUCCAAUUGGGAGACUGAAAAUUCCACAAACUAGACUAAAGGAACAUGAAUUAAAACUGAAAAAUCACGGCAUUUCAAGAAACCUUCUCUAUAUAUACUCCUCUACAUACAAACACUUCACAAACCACAAAAAAGAACUUGUAAUUAGUAUCCUAUAAAUUAAUCACUAGUACAACUUUCUCAAUUUUCCAUUUAUAAAUCCCAAUUUUGUUUAAUUGCAAGAAAUUGAGAAGAAAAAAAAUGGAUGGGGUUUCAUGGUUGAUGAUUUAUGGUGCUAUUUUUGGCAUGCUUUUGAAUUGUGCAUUAGCACAAAAUGUGCAUGUUGUUGGAGAUGGCAUGGGGUGGAUUGUACCGCCAAACGGUCCCUUAUCCUACUCCAAUUGGGCUUCCGGAAAAACUUUCAUGGUCGGUGACAUCCUCGUGUUCAAUUUUGUGACCAACGAGCACGAUGUUCUCCGAGUACCUCGAGCCUCGUACGACGCAUGCACGCAAGACAACGGCAUCGGUGGUGUCAUCACCGCGGGGCCCGCAAACAUCACUAUCGACUCAAACGGGGACCACUACUACAUCUGCACUUUCGGCCGCCACUGCCAAUUCGGGCAGAAGCUAGCCAUAACUGUGGGCCUGCCGCCCUCCACUCCUGGUGGGGCCAUGCCGCCAGUGAUGGCCCCUCCUGCGGGCCCCACUACCCCCUCGCCCGCCUCAUCUCAGCCGGAUGCGUGCGCACCGACCCCCUUUUCACCCCCCAUUGGUGGAGGCCCAAAUUCUAGGGCAACUCCACCUGAUUCUGCCUCAACAUCUUUGGCUAGCAAUGUUUUGGUUAUUUUACUCUCGGCCUUCAUAAUAGCCUUCCUCUUUUAAGAUAAUAUUAUUAUUAUUAUAAUUAUUAUUAUUAAUAAUAUUUUUGUGUGUGUGUGCUACAAUAAUAAAAUUGGUUUGAAAUUUUUAUACAUUUUAAUUUUUGUAUUAUCAGAUUGUUCUGGUUGAUUAAUGUAAUGGUUCUUUUUGUUUGAUCACUAAAUAACAUAAUUUAUUUUAUUAUUUUCUC